AUGGAAAAAUUGAAGGUUAAAGAAGAUGGAACACUUUUAAUAUUGGAUUUUUUCACUGUGACAGAUUAUCUUUUCCUUCUUCGCAGUGCUACUCAAAUUAUGUCUAAAUUGAAAGAGCAUGCAAUGUAUUUUCUCGCUGCAGCUGUUAGUGGAGGUGAUUUAACUUUGACAAUGAAUCAAGUUCCCAAAUUUCUAAAACCAAUGGUUAUGAAUUGGGUUCCUAAUGGAUUUAUUUUGGAAACGGAUUCUAGUCUUCUAGUUGAUAAAUCUAGGUACGCUCUCACUCGAUAUGGUCAUCAAAUAGUUAUUGGAAAUCUUUUGGAAAUUCGUAAACGUGAAGUAAUUUUCAUUACCAAAGAUUCCGAAUUUCAAGUAAAAUUAACUGAAGAAGAAAUUAUAAAUGAGAUAGAUAUUGAAGCAAAAAUCAUUCCUGAAUUAGUAAAAAGGCAUAAUGAAUGGAUUAAUAAAUUUUCUUCUUAG